CAGCUCCGUACAUGUCUGAGAAACAUACUUUUGAGAACUCACACGGUCUAGCUGUGUCUUGGGGUCAUGUUCCGUGUGUGUAUGUGUGAGUGCGUGCGCGCGCGUGUGUUUUCAUUUUUCAUUUCUCUGUAGAAUAUGAUGAACGAGACUGCAUAAUUUGUUAAGAAGACAGAAAGCAAUGUUCGACGCGUCUGACAAGACGGUGGUGUGGGGCUGGAGCCCCAUAGGCCUAUUUAUUGGCCUUGUGUUCCACGUCAUCAGUAUAGCUUGCCCUGGCUGGAUGGAGAACACAGACGUGCGCGUGGGUCUCUGGAGGCUGCACUGUGAGCAAGAAGGCUGCCAAGGAGGGGCGGAAGACCUUUUCAGCAGCUUAGGUCGCUGGUACACCGCCGCCCAAGUCCUGGAAUCCUGCGCCACCCUGUGUGUGGCUCUGUGUGCAGCGGCCGGGCUCCUGAGGGUCAACCUGGGACAACCGCGGUACCAGAGCGCGUGUGCGUUGUGUGCACUAUUGGCUG